AUGGUGGGCAGCAAGAAUCAGAAUGUCAUUGACCCGGUCCUUCUGAAUCUCGGACAUCCCCGAGUCGAGACUCGCGUAGCAAAUGGGGAAGCUUCUUCGCACAGCCUCGUUCUGCCGACACGCCCAGUCACUCCUGCCAGCGCAGAGCAUGCCCCAACCUCUUCAGCGUUGUCUGCCCCGCUGACCAACGGCGCCCCGACCUCAGCCUCGUCGACCUUGAAUCCGGCCGUUCGGCCAGGCAAAAAUGACGCUUCUUCGCACAGCCUCGUUCUGCCGACACGCCCAGUCACUCCUGCCAGCGCAGAGCCUGCCCCAACCUCUUCAGCCUUGUUGACGUUGAAUACGGCUGUCCGGCGCAGCGGCAAUGGCGAGAUAUCCGAGACUGCGUCAGAGUAUCGUGCAAGACUCAAUAUGUUGAAGCAAAAGAGGCUGCUUCAAGAGCAAUGUCGGAAGUUGGGUGUCAAGUACGCUAAACAGGCUACUUUGACAAAGUUGCGGGACAUCCUUGUCACUCACAGCUUUCCUCUGUCUCCGCCUCCAUCCACUACUUCCUUGCAGACACACCCUCGUCCACAAAAGAAGGCACGCACUUUUUACGAUGAUACUCAGCAACUCGUCCUCGGGAACGCCCUCGCAUCUGGGAGUGAGAUUCACUGCCUCGCAGCGCCUGUCGGAAGCCGCGUAUCAAGCGCCUGUCCACCUCAUCGCGGCGAGCUACAUGCUGGCAUUCCUCUCUCUGUAUCACUCCCACCUGCACCUAAGCGACUGCAACCACCUCGAUCAGACACACACGAACAAUUGCCCGGAGAUGAGCCAUGGACAGCUACUUUAACUUCUGCAUCCCCUAGAGAGAAUGCGGGAGAGGCUGAUAGCCUUGUGUUUCGCACCGAAGAAGCUCCUGACAGCGAGCGAGCACUCCUUCACGAGUUUUGCGCAGAUCCUGGUGCUGCAGCUCAGCUCCUAGGACAGGACGAAGAAGCUAGCGAUGGUGAGGACGAAGACGAAGACGAUGAGGAGAGAUCACUGGACAGCGCGCAGAUGUUUGACAAACAUGCAAUGGCCGUGCGUGUGGAGGCAAACAAGCGGUUUGAAGCCGGGCGGCGACAGGGCGGGAUCCAGGCGCAGAAAUCAUGUGUCAAGGCUAUCGACGAAUUCACCGAGUGGGCUUUAAAGUUCAAGAAGAUUCACGACAACAUCAUCGAUGAACUUUUCCUCCUCCAGUUCAUCAAGUACCAUGCUGAACGCGAGAAACGAACUCGUCGUGGUAUCCCUAUUGCAGAUACUCGACUCGGAGCAUCCCAAUUGAAGAAGUUCUUUUUUGGUGCACUUCGGGUCCGCAAACAGCAGGAUGCCAAGAAUCCAGUGCUAGCCUCAACGCGACCGGUGACGACUGGGUUGGUCUGGGAUACAAUCAAGGAGAGGAUGAGUGACGCCAUCAAGCGAGCGUACAGAGGGGAAAAUGUUGGCGAAGAUGCCCCAGACGUUGUUGCCAACACAAUAUUGAUGGAUAUCACCGACAAUGAUCGUGACAGAAUCGGCAGAGGGUUUCUUGCUCAUCGACAUCUUUGGCUGGCUGUCUUCGGACACCUUGCAUGGACCGGACAGAGCGCAACUGGCAAUCGUGGUGAUGACAUUCGCUCGCUGGCACUCUGCGAGAUCCAGCCAUACAAAAUGGCCCAUCCUUCGCAAAGCAGGAAGAAGAUCUGGUGUCUGCUUGGUCUUCAGAGCCAGGAGAAGGCUGGUAAGCGUGGUAUGAAAACGAUGGUCAAUCCCUCAUACACCGUUUUCAUUGCACACCGUGACCCUACAAAAUGCCCACUGGGCGCUUUUGCGAUGUACUUUCACUGGUUGUACGACCAGAAGGAACUGCUCCAUGUUCUCGAUAUUGACUGGGAGAAAAAUACGAGCUGGAGAGGAAUCUUCCUGCUCCAUGGACCAUCUUCCCCAGACACGGCAUUCAACCAACAGAGCCUGUACAACCUAUAUGCGAAAGCAUUUGAUGUUGCAGGCUUCGAGUCGCGAGUCAAGGCACACCUUCCACGACAUCUACUAGGAUAUGAUCAGGCCAAGAUGAAUGUCGAGGCCAGCGAGACAUCCAAGAUGGGGUGGGAAAGAGGCCAAACGUAUGCAGAUGUUUAUUCCGCUGCACUUCCCAAGAAUGCAAUCCUUGCUCAAGCUGGCUUUCGGAACGACGAGGCCUACGAUCCUGUUCAUACAUGCAUCAUUGUUCCGAUCCAAUUUCUUGCACUCGUGUGCCCAAUGGCAGAGAAGUACCUUGCUCAAGUCAAUGGGAAACAGAAUCUACGAGGCGCGGCAAAUCAUUGGUCGAUGAUUAUUCAGCUCCGACCGUAUCUCUUCCAGGCUGCUAGUGCGCUCUACCAGACGUGCCCAAAUUCGCAGAUCUUCAACCUGCCCGCAUUCACCGAAGAUGUGAAAAACUGGAUGAAGAGCGACUAUCUGGUGCAAUUACAAAGACUUAAGGCACAAUCCGGGGAUCCCAAUAUGCUUGAGCAUGUGCAGAACGAUGCCAUUCGCAGCUCGCUGAGCCAGGUCUUUUCAUCAAAUGCAGACCUCCAAGUGCGGAUGGAUAGGUUGGAGAAUGUGAUUGAACGGCGCACAGCUCAGUUCUCGCCGUCGAAGGGAUUUAGUGUGGCAAGCUAUAAUCAGCAGGUUGCAGGCAAUGCGUCACAGCAUGCAUCAACAUCUCCUAUUAUCCUCCAUGUUGAUACAAACAACUCGCCUACGGGGACAUACGAGCAUGCUGAUGGUCUACGGGCCUUUGCUUCCCCCCCUUCUGUCGAUGCACCAAGACCGACAACACAAGUUGACUACGUCCUACCUCCAAUCACAGCUUUCUACAAGUCUGACGGUCUCAUAGGCUUCAUGCCUCCAUUCAUGGGGCAGAAAGCAAUUACUUGGUCCAUGGUCUUCCUUGCUAUCAAGCAGCCCAGCUACUGUUGGAAGGCCUGGGCUCCGUCAAAGACCAUCGGGCAGUUCGAGGAUGUCGCUGAAGUGUGGCGUGUUUGGACAGAAGGUGAACCAAGAACCGACACAAAUGGUGUCCAAACAGGGAUGAGGCCACCACUUCGCCUUGUAGAGGAGACAUUUGGGCAUUGCUGGCGUACUGGCAAUCAGAUAGGUUCGAAAACGGAAAGGACAACUGCACGCAAACGAUGGGAACGUUUUCGCGAGAUCCCGGAAUGGAUCGCCACAGAGUCGGAACGUCGUGCUGUUGCACCAGCUGUCAUCAUACAAGAGCUCGAAGAAUUGCGGGAGCGCUCUGAGGGCGCACAGAGGAUCAAUCUGUCGACAUUGACUGAUGAGGUCAAGGCAAAGCGAGAGUUACGACAGAAAGCAUCCGUAGCCACCAUAGUGUUGGUCCCACCUUCUCCACCAACGCCUGCUGUCCCUGUAUGUGACGCAACAAUUGGCGCGGUCGAGGUCAUUGUUGCACCAUUGCAACCUGCCAUCGCUCUUCUUUCCGCUGAUGUCGAGGGCAGUCCGCAAAAGCCUACUCGGAAACGACGCGCGAAACCAAUAGCAGCGCGGCGUCCCUCAAAGAAACAGAAGGAGGUGUAGUAGUUUUCACAAGAACCCCUUGGCUAUAUCUUGUUACUUUACGGACCACACAUUUGGCUGUUCACUUAUCUACU